AUGAGCCAUAAAACAAGUCGACGUGGUGAUAUCAACCGUUGGCCGCAUACGACUGUUGGAUCAAACCAAGAUCAUUUCCCGUCAAGGUCGAGAUUCUUGCCGUCUGAGUUUGGGACAGACGUGAACAGGACAAGUGCGGUUGAGCCGGCAAAAUCAUUGGUUUUCGCGGCGAAGAGACAGAUCAGGAGAGCCGUUGAAGCAGAAGGGAUACCAUUCACUUACGUUGUUAACAAUUGCGCAGCCGGUUUUUACUUGUCGACGUUGGUUCAGUUCGAGCCUGGGCUUACUUCUCCUCCAAGAGACAAAGUCACCAUUUUGGGCGAUGGAAAUGCUAAAGUUGUGUUCAACAAGGAGGAAGAUACUGCUGCUUACAUGAUCAGAGCAGUGGAUGAUCCGAGGACACUGAACAAAACACUUUACAUUAAUUCUCGUAAGAACACUUUAUCGAUGAACGAAAUCGUCGCCUUGUGGGAGAAUAAGAUCGGCAAGUCUCUUGAGAAGACUUACGUGUCAGAAGAACAAGUGCUCAAAAGCAUCCAAGUGUCUCCGGUUCCUGUUCCCUUUAAUAUUCUUCUGUCGAUAAGCCAUGCUGUUUUUGUGAAGGGAGAUCAGACCAGCUUCACUAUAGAGCCUUAUUUCGGUGUUGAAGCCUCUGAGAUUUACCCUGAUGUCAAGUACACGAGCAUUGAUGAGUAUCUCAGUCAACUCGCUUGA